GAUGUUUUAUUUACUUGUGCUUUGUACCGCCUCCUCCAAGCGAGCAGUUGCAGAGAUUGGUGCCUGUGCCUCUCCCUCAGCUCCCUGAUCAUCUUCCUGGCCUCCUCCAACGUCUCGACCCCCUCGUUGCCGAGCUCCUCGUCAUCUUUCGUCCUAAACAAAAACGUAUCGUGUCAAAAUAAUAAUAAAAAAUAAAUAAAUUUAAAAAUCACAUGAUUUAAAACAACACGGAGGAAAAACAUCUGUCUCACCAUGUAUAAAUCUCUUUGGGCAAAAAUACUAAAAUACAGCAAAUUUUCACAAUACUUGAGAUCUACAGACUUUCUCAAAGAAAUCCAAUCGGGUUCUUUUCCGACGAAAAAAAUACAGGGCCACACGAUGAUGCGUAAACUAAACGUGCAUCUUGCGACGUUCGCCUGUCUCAUCAUGAGCGGCGGGACUGCUGUCGUAAUCGGCGUGAAGAAGUCCUGGGACAACUACGUAUGCUCUCAGCUCGGCAUUCCCAGAUUCGGAGAUUUGAAGCCAGUGCCCGACUUUCCAGACUUAACACUGCCGUCUGAGUAUUUUAAAUAAAGUCCGCGUUUCAUACUUCAA